AUGGCUCCCGACCCCAGCGGACGCCUCUGCCUGCUGCUGCCAACGCCGCUGCUGCUGCUGCUGCUGCUGCUGCUGCCCUGCCUUCCGUCUGCCGGGGCCAACCUGCUGAGUCUGGAAUGGCUGUGGUCCAGUAAGCUCUCCGACUCCCCUGCCACCCUGGUCCCCCGCCCCACACACGCGGGCCCCCGGCAUGACCCCACAGAGCCAGCACCGCUCUCUGCCAGCCCAGAGCUGCCUAGGGAACACCAAGGGCCUGGCCGGCCUGGGCCCUCCGCCCCCCCCACGGCCCCGGCCACCCCGGCCGCGAGCCCUGACACGAAGGAGGAGAACAUUGCUGGCGUCGGAGCCAAGAUCUUGAAUGUCGCUGAGGGCAUCCGGAGCUUCGUCCAGCUGUGGGAUGAUGCCACUCCUACCCCGAACUCGGCUGUGGCGGACCCCCCCACCCACACGGGGCUCUCCAGCAACCCCCAGGAGAGCAGGACUAUUCUCUGGCCAAGCAGUGGAGCUCUGGGCUCACCGGACACCCAGAGCCCCGAGGCCAGCACCCUGGCUGCGCCCACCCAGCCAUCUCCCUCUUGGAGCAGGACCCAGGCACCCCAGUGGGGUUCCACAGCACCGCCGGUACCCACAGGUAGAGCUCCUCUCUCCUCCAUACCAGGCAGAGCACCCGCCUGGCAGCCUGGGCACCUGGACAGGGGAAGACGCUUGCCGGUGGCGGCCGGUCCCAGCCCGCGGCACGGAUGCCCCGAAGGACCCGUGGCGCCCAUGCUCACGCCACUUCUGCUUCCGCUGGUGGUGGGUCCCCUGGCCACGCGCAGCGCCUCCUCCGCGCCUCCCUCUGCCCCCUCCGCCCGCCUGGCUCAGGUGGCAGCGCCAGCACCGUGUGGAGACCGUGGUGCUUGGUUCUCCCACGGGGCUGGUUCUCCGGUGCCUGGUCUCGCUAAUAACGCAGCCUUGCUGGGGGCUGCCCCACAGGCCCCUGCCGGCCGCUGCCUGCCCCUGCCGCCCGGCCUUCCUGUCUGCAGCCAUCUGGGGUUCGGGCACUCCUGGCUGCCCAACCUCCUCCACCACAAGAGCAGCGAGGAGGUGCGAGCUGCCGCGCGGGCGUGGACGGGCCUCCUCCGCACGCACUGCCACCCCUUCCUUGCCUGGUUCUUCUGCUUGCUGCUGGCCCCUCCAUGCGGCCCGGGCCCGGGCCCGCCACCCGCCCUGCCACCCUGCCGCCAGUUCUGCAAGGUGCUGGAGGAUGCCUGCUGGAGCGGCCUGGAGGGGGCCGGGCUGCCCAUCCCCUGCGCCUCACUCCCUGACCAAGAGGAAGGGUACUGUGUGUUCAUUGGGCCAGCUGCAGAGAGCGCUGUCGAGGAAGUGGGGCUCCUGCAGCUCCUCAGGGAGCCCCUGCCCCCGCAGAUCACCCCCAUCGAGGACCCUGACGUGGGGCCCGCUUAUGACUUUGGACCGGGCGCCAACAGUGGACAGGGCGCGCAGAGCCACUUCCCCAGACUCUUCUUCCGAGACUUCUCGCUGCUGUUCCACAUCCGGCCGGCCACGGCGGGCCCGGGCGUGCUGCUCGCCAUCACGGACGCGGCGCAGGCCCUGGUGUCGCUGGGCGUGAAGCUGUCAGAGGUGCAGGGUGGGUACCAGAACGUCUCCCUGCUCUACACUGAGCCAGGCGCUGCGCAGACCCACGUGGCUGCAAGCUUCCGCCUGCCCGCACUUGUCGGCCGGUGGACUCGCUUUGCGCUCAGCGUGGACGGUGGCACUGUGGCUCUCUACUUGGACUGCGACGAGUUUCAGAGGGUGCCAUUUGCAAGGUCGUUGCCAGGCCUGGAGCUGGAGCACGGAGCUGGCCUAUUCCUGGGUCAGGCUGGGGGAGCAGACGCUGACAAGUUCCAGGGGGCGAUUGCAGAGCUGAGGGUGCGUGGAGACCCCAAGGUGAACCUUGGGCACUGCCUGGAUGAAGAAGACGAUGAUGAGGAUGGGGCAUCCGGAGAUUUUGGAAGUGGCCUGGAGGAUGGCCAUAGGCCCCACGGAGAGGACACGGACACACCCCUGCAGCCUGGCCUGCCCCUGCCAUCCCCAGCCUCCCUCCCACCCUUGGCCGGAGGGAGCCCCAUGGAGAGUUCCAGAACUGAAGAAACAGAGGACGAAAUCAUGGUGGAUUCUUUCGGAGCUCCAACCCUUCCUGACUCAGAAUCAGCUGGGGUGUGGGACAGAGGUGUCCAGAGCCCUGAAGGCGGCCUGGAGACGGGAGUCCUGAGCAGGCAGAAAGAGGAGUCUGGUGUUCCGGGCCCUGGCCUAGUGGUGCAGGGCUCUGACCUUCAACAUGUCCCUGUGGCACAAGGACCCCCGGGACCCCCGGGACCCCCAGGGAAGGAUGGCUCCCCAGGACAGGAUGGCAAGCCCGGCGACCCUGGGGAAGACGGAAAGCCUGGGGACGCGGGGCCACAGGGCUUCCCGGGGACCCCAGGAGAUGUCGGCCCCAAGGGUGAGAAGGGAGACCCCGGCGUUGGACCAAGAGGACCUCCUGGACCCCAAGGACCUCCUGGGCCUCCGGGACCCCCCUUCAGACAGGACAAGCUGACGUUCAUCGACAUGGAGGGCUCCGGCUUCAGUGGGGAUCUAGAGCCACUCAGGGGUCCCCGAGGCUUCCCAGGCCCCCCAGGACCCCCCGGCGUCCCGGGCCUGCCAGGAGAGCCAGGCCACUUUGGAGUCAACAGCUCACAUGUGCCAGGACCAGCUGGCCUUCCUGGCGUGCCUGGGAGGGAUGGGCGCCCCGGGCCCCCUGGCGUCCAGGGCGAUCCAGGGAAGGACGGAGUCGGGCAGCCGGGCCUCCCUGGACCCCCAGGACCCCCGGGGCCUGUGGUCUACGUGUCGGAUCAGGACGGGCAGCCGGCAGUGGCAGGUGUGGCAGGACCUGAGGGCAGGACUGGGCACGGAGGCUUGAGGGGACCCACUGGACCCAAGGGUGACCUGGGCUCCAAAGGCGAGCAGGGCCUCCCAGGCCCCAAGGGGGAGAAGGGGGAGCCGGGUGGCUUCUACGGUGCGGAUGGCAGAGCCCUGGGCCCUGCCCAGAAAGGAGCCAAGGGAGAGCCAGGCUUCCGAGGACCCCCGGGUCCCUAUGGGCGGCCCGGACACAAGGGCGAGAUCGGCAUUCCCGGAAGGCCGGGUCGGCCAGGGGUGAAUGGAUUGAAGGGCGAGAAGGGCGAGCCCGGAGACACCAGCCUGGGACUUGGCAUGAGGGGAAUGCCCGGGCCGCCGGGCCCUCCGGGGCCCCCAGGCCCUCCGGGGGUGCCGGUCUACGACAGCAACGCAUUCAUGGAGGCUGGCCGCCCUGGGCCCAAAGGAUUGCAAGGGGCACAGGGGCCAUCUGGGCCGAAGGGUGACAAAGGAGAAGUGGGUCCCCCGGGACCCCCAGGCCAGUUUCCCUUGGAUCUCCUUCACUUGGAAGCUGAAAUGAAGGGGGAGAAGGGAGACCGCGGGGACGCCGGACAGAAGGGCGAGCGAGGCGAACCGGGGCCCAGCGGGGGCUUCUUCGGCUCCAGCGUGCCCGGCCCCCCCGGGCCCCCCGGCCCCCCCGGCUACCCCGGCAUUCCGGGUCCAAAAGGAGAGAGCAUCCGGGGCCAGCCGGGCCCGCCCGGACCCCAGGGACCUCCCGGCAUUGGCUACGAGGGACGCCAGGGCCCCCCCGGGCCCCCAGGCCCUCCGGGGCCUCCCUCGUUCCCCGGCCCUCACAGACAGACUGUCAGUGUGCCCGGUCCCCCAGGCCCACCCGGUCCCCCGGGGCCCCCUGGAGCCAUGGGGGCCUCCUCAGGGGUGAGGAUCUGGGCCACGUACCGGACCAUGCUGGACAGAGUGCGCGAGGUGCCUGAGGGCUGGCUCAUCUUCGUGACGGAGAGGGAAGAGCUCUACGUCCGAGUCCGAAACGGGUUCCGGAAGGUCCUGCUGGGGGCCCAGACGUCACUCCCGCCAGCGUCGGUAAGUGGUGUUUUUCCUUUGCACCAUCGCCAGUGUCUGAGAGUCCUCAUUCCUGGGCGUGCUCGGCCUCAGAAGAGCGUGUGGCACGGCUCGGACCCCAAUGGGCGCAGGCUGACCGAGAGCUACUGUGAGACAUGGCGCACAGAGGCCUCCUCGGCCGCGGGCCAGGCCUCCUCCCUGCUGGCAGGCAGGCUGCUGGAGCAGAAGGCCGCCGGCUGCCACAACCCCUACGUCGUCCUCUGCAUCGAGAACAGCUUCAUGACCUCUGCCUCCAAGUAGGGCCUCUCCCGGCCGAGACGCUGGGCAGGCAGUGGUCGACAGGGCAGGACAGGGCAGGGACAUCUGGCCAGCCCCGAGGACACGACCGGGUCCUCUGCUAUAUAGUUCACAUUUCAUGUAAUCCUCAAGAAAUAAAAAAAAAAGCCAAAGAAUAUAUUUUUUAGAAAGUUUAAAGCAGAGAGUCUGAUGCCAAGACUUCCUGUCCUCCCCCCGUGGCACGUGGCCCUCCACUCUAUACCUCGGCUGAAGUCAGCAAGAGGCCAACUCAGGACAACUCAGCCAGCAGGCUGCCCGGGCCCUCGGGGCUAGGAAGGGGCAGACUGCUCUGCCUGGUGCCUUUCUAUAUACAAACUCAGGUCGGUGCUGAGGGUGGACAGGCCGGUCAGAGGCAGUGGGGCUUCUCUGGCCACGUAGCAGCACAGGCCUUUCUCACCCAGGGCCCUCAGCCGUGUCCCCUCCAUACCCACCCCGUCCAGCCAGCCCAGCCGGGGCUGGCCCAGAGCCGGUGUGACCUGUGAAACCCACCUUCAGGCUUUUGAGACUGUCUUCCCAGGGACCCACAAGGUCAGGUCAGAGCAGGGCCUGCCCCAAGCCGAGCUGGAGCAGGGCACAGGUCAGGCUGCGGCAGCCUUCCGUCCCCGAGCCCAGGCCCAGGGCUCCUUUCUGCAGUGAAGUCCAGACUUGGCAUCUUCAUAGAGGUCUGGAGGACCGUGCGUGGGGCCACCCAGGCUGCCCGCAGUCUAGGCACGGCGGUGAAACCAGCGGUGCUGGUCCUACAACUGUGAUGUGAGGCCACUUCCAAUAAAAAUGGACCGUUUACACAGA